GAAAGGCAUCCACCAUGAUUGGUCAGUUCGCCGUCCAUGCUAAAUACAAUCGUUUGGAAAACGUCUGUCGGAUCACAGUCAAGAUGAGUCUUAGAAAGCAAACCCCGAGUGACUUUCUGAAGCAGAUCAUUGGGAGACCUGUGGUGGUCAAACUGAACUCUGGUGUCGAUUACAGAGGUGUUCUGGCCUGUUUGGAUGGUUACAUGAACAUCGCCAUAGAGCAGACAGAGGAGUAUGUCAAUGGACAGCUGAAGAACAAGUAUGGGGAUGCCUUUCUAAGAGGAAACAAUGUUCUUUACAUCAGCACCCAGAAGAGGAAAGUGUAGUGGAGAUUGUUUGGUCUUUUCAUUUUUAUUUUUUAGCGAUUGCCGUUUCAGAGGACAGCUGUGUUGAGUUUUUGGUUCUGUAAAGUCUGAAGUCCUGGAAAAUGUUUGCUUUGUACAAGUGGAGUAAGUUAAUAAACUCUGAUUUUUGAUUUAUGUCUGAUUCGGUGAACAUUGUUUACACAUUUUUGUGGUAUUAUCUCAAGUAAAACAAUUUAAACUCUGUAUGUUCUUUGUAAAAUGUGCACUCCAAUGAAACAUGUAGCGAGGCAAUAAAUUAGAAUUCAACAUAAA